UAAUCCUAUUUCUCUUCCAUUCUCUCUCUCUUUGCCUUGAUCGAUCCUUACGUAGAUCUUAAGACGAAGUUUCCAGACUGAAGAAUUGUUGAGUUCCCCCGGUGGGUUCAGAAAGAAAGUUCCAGAUUUUUGUCGGAGAGUAUGGGAACGAAGAGUUUCUCCACGAUAAGGAGAGACCAAGGGACUGUCCAAGCUCUUAUCGGCUCCGAUCUGAACGAGCUCGGCUUCGCUGCCAAGAAACUGGUUAAUCACUCGAUUAUGCUUGUUGGGUCAGGACUCGGAACUGAAGUUCUCGAAUGGGUCGCUUCCUUCGCCGCCAUAUACUUGUUGGUAUUGGAUCGAACCAACUGGAAGACAAAUAUUCUUACAGCGCUUCUGAUCCCUUACAUCUUCUUUAGCCUUCCAUCAGUUAUUUUCAGCCUGUUCAGAGGAGAUGUCGGAAAGUGGAUUGCGCUGGUCGCUGUCGUCUUGCGCCUUUUCUUCCCGAGACAUUUCCCGGAUUGGCUGGAGUUGCCGGGAGCACUGAUCCUGCUGAUAGUGGUGGCUCCGGGACUAUUCGCCCACACGUUCAGAGGCAACUGGGUGGGAUUGGCGGUAUGCCUUGUCAUCGGAUGCUACUUGCUUCAAGAACACAUUAGGGCUUCAGGCGGAUUCCGGAACGCCUUCACGAAAGCAAAGGGCAUCUCCAACACCAUCGGGAUCGUUCUUCUGUUCGUUUUUCCGGUUUGGGCCCUCAUCGAUUGAAGUCCGUCCUUCUGUGCCAUCAAGAUUGUGAAGUUGUAUCCUUCUGUGUAAUCAAGAUUGUGGUUGAUUGUGUGUGCUUGCAACCAAUAAGUAAAGGUUAAGAGUGGGUUUCAGACAGUGGAUUGCCAACUGCUUGUAAUACGUUUCUGUCCUAAUCUAUUUGUUUUGUUAGUAA